CACCUCGUGCGCUUGACGUUUCCUGCAUUAUUACUUUAAUUUCAAGAACCAUAGGAAACUGUAACCUCUCAAACCCACACAAGAGUCUGCGCACCCAAAAAUUAAAUCACAAUGGGUCGAACAGUCAGGCAAAAGCGGAAGAACCGCUCCUCGCGCCCCAAAGUCAAGCAGACCAACAAGCCCAAGAAGGCGCUGAACCCACUAGGAAACGACCUGAUUGCAAAGAACUGGAACAAGAAGGAAACCCUGACGCAAAAUUACCGCCGCCUCGGCCUCCUGACGCGCCUGCAAGCCCCGACGGGCGGCGUCGAGCCCGGACUGCGCGGCUCGACCGACGGCAAGAGCAGUGCGCAUGCGCCACUGGGCCUGUCGGAGCGCAAGUCGACCGCGAGCAGCGCGGUGCGGGAGGUGCGCGUGAAGCGUGACGCUGACGGGCGGAUCGUGUCGGUCAUCCACGACGAGGCCUCAGCGGCGGCGGCCAACCCGCUCGACGACCCACUCAACGAGCUCGAGACCGACUCUGACUGGGAGGGAUUCGGCUCUGAUGACGAGGAGCCCACUGGGGACCGUGUCGUCGACCAACUUGAGCGGAUGGCGAGGGUGCCCAGGGUCAAGACGGUCAGGGGCCUGAGCGAGAGGGAGGUCGAGUGGUUAGAGAGGUUAGUGGCCAAGCAUGGAGACAACGUCAAGGCCAUGGAGAGAGAUCAUCGGUUGAAUCCGAUGCAACAAACCGCUGCGGACAUUUCUAGGCGGUUGAGGAGGUUAAGGGGGGAGUGAUUUUUAGUUUGGUUGUUUCUGGUUUAUUGUUUGCUUCGUUGAUGUCUCUUUGAUGCGGCAUUUGCACAGGCGUUCGGAGUUCGUUGGGAUGGAUCAAAAGCAAGGACUUACGUUCUAUCACUGUCGCAGACACAGUUCUUGACCUUCCAAGAUGCUUGGGCUUUUGGGAGGGCUCGGAAAAUGAUAACUAUCAGGGCCAUUCUCUUACUCGGGCCUGCCAGUGGCCCACGGUUGACGACAGAUUUUACUUUUCACUGAGUGACUAUCAUAUCAUAGAAACAGAGUCUUGGAGCCGGUGAUAUCACAAAGAAGAGCUGGGGUUCAGGCUUGGUAAUGGCCAUGGAGGGGAGGUUGUCAUUACAGGGCUAACGUUGCUGACAUGGGUUCGGUCUGGAAAGCGGCUGUUGGGGGUUCACUGGGAUGCGCCACCGUGUCUGGGAUGAAGAUCAUAUGCCAUGAGCAAAACAUCAGAACAAUCUCUUCGCAAUACUACACAAUACUGCGAAUAUGAGAUUCGAACCGGGAAGAUGAGGAAAACAUACUAGAAGAAUGUAUUUUUAGUCAUACUGGUUUUCUGGGGUAAGAUAAGAAUUAUCUGUAGGGUACAUUAGGGCGGG